GGAACGUCAAAAGCCACAAUGGAUUUUUUUCUUUCUUUCACUGUCUGUCUAUUGAUUUGAGAGUCGAUGAGGUCGCUCUCAAAUCACACCUGCAGUUGGUAGCUUUCCAAACAACCCAAACAAAUAAUAAAGAAAAGGAGUGUGAGAUGGUUCCAGUCAAAACGUCGCCGCCUAACCCCUCAUUGUAUGAUGCUCUUCCUCUUCCAUCAUUUUUCACGUCACUCUUCGCUCCUUGGUCCCUUACAUAUAUUCAUAACCAAAGUUGUCUUCAACAACAAACAACCGAGAAGAAAGCAAUGGCAGCUGGUGGAGCCGGAGGUGGAGGUGGAGGUGGAGGUGGAGGAGGAAAGUCGGAUGACUUCCAGCCCUUCCCUGUCAAAGACCAACUCCCUGGUGUUGAUUACUGCCUCUCCAGCUCUCCUCCUUGGCCUGAAGCAAUACUUCUAGGAUUUCAGCAUUACUUGGUAAUGCUUGGGACCACUGUUAUCAUACCAUCCAUACUUGUUCCUUUACUGGGCGGUGGCAAUGUGGAGAAAGCUGAGGUUAUAAAUACUGUUCUCUUUGUUGCUGGCCUAAACACACUAUUGCAGACAUUGUUUGGAACCCGGCUGCCAGUGGUGAUUGGGGCUUCUUAUGCUUUCAUUAUCCCCACCAUUUCCAUUGCUUUAUCCAGAAGAUACAGCAUCUUCAUUGAACCCCACCAGAGGUUUAAACGAUCCAUGAGAGAUGUACAAGGAGCACUUAUUGUUGCAUCAUUCUUUACUAUGGCUUUUGGUUUCUUUGGUUUCUGGAGAAUUUUCGCGAGGUUUUUCAGCCCCCUUGCAGCUGUUCCUCUUGUGAUUCUCACGGGACUUGGGCUCUAUGCACAUGGUUUCCCACAAUUGGCCAAAUGCAUUGAAGUUGGACUCCCAGCAUUGGUAGCAGUGGUUUUCUUAUCUCAGUAUGCUCCCCAUUUAAUCAAAUCAAAGAGAGCCAUAUUUGACCGUUUUGCAAUUCUUUUCACCGUAGCGAUUAUAUGGGUUUAUGCGGAAAUUUUGACAGCAGCUGGUACUUAUGAUCAUAAAUCUCCAAAAACUCAGUUCAGCUGCCGUACUGAUCGUUCUGGGCUCAUCAGCGCUGCACCUUGGAUAAGGGUUCCAUAUCCAUUUCAAUGGGGAAGACCAAGUUUCAAUGCUGGCGAUGCUGUUGCAGUGAUGGCUGCCUCUUUUGUUGCUAUGAUUGAGUCUACAGGUACAUUUAUUGCAGCAUCAAGAUAUGCGAGUGCCACUCCUAUGCCACCUUCUGUACUUAGCCGUGGUAUUGGCUGGCUGGGAGUAGGCAUUUUGCUAGAUGGUUUAUUUGGCACAGGAACUGGCUCCACUGCUUCAGUCGAAAAUGCAGGUCUUUUGGGAUUAACAAGAGUUGGAAGUCGGAGAGUCAUUCAAAUAUCGGCAUUAUUUAUGCUUUUCUUUUCCGUAUUAGGAAAAUUCGGUGCUGUUCUGGCUUCAAUACCAUUGCCAAUUAUAGCUGCCCUGUACUGUGUCCUCUUUGCCUACGUUGUUGGAGCUGGCCUUGGUCUCCUUCAGUUUUGCAACCUAAACAGCUUCAGGACAAAGUUUAUACUGGGAUUUUCUCUCUUCAUGGGCCUCUCCAUACCUCAAUAUUUUAACGAGUAUCUACUAAUUUCUGGCUAUGGUCCUGUUCACACUCGUUCUACAUGGUUCAACAAUGUUAUGCAAGUGAUUUUUUCAUCCCCGGCAACAGUGGCGAUUAUAGUCGCAUUCUUCUUGGACUCUACCCACAGUUACUGGCACAGCUCAGUUCGGCGAGACAGUGGCAGGCAUUGGUGGGAAAAGUUCAGGAGUUUCCAUACAGAUACCAGGAGUGGAGAGUUCUAUUCCCUGCCUGGAAAUCUUAAUAGGUUCUUCCCUUCAUUCUAAAUCAAAAGUCUCUCCUAGCAUCACGGACCAAAAACUGAAAAUCAUUGAUAAUAGUGACCAUCCAAGGUAAAAUCAUUUUCUGGGCAAUUCUGCUUUUAAUAUCUUCAAUUAAUAGUAGUCCAUACCAAAACCGUAUUGUGUAUGAGCCAGAGACAAAACAGUUUGUGAAACUUUUAAGCUUAUGUUUAAAAUCUGCUUCAUAUUAAGAAUUUGCAGCUGCAGUUGUAAAGUAUUUUCGUAGUUUCAAUUCAAUGUGCGUAAGAAAUUACUAGCAAGUCUUUAUUAGCAUUUGUACCCAACUCCUUUUUCUUGCAUAAUUCAAAUUAUAUUGAAUUGUUCUACCAAACUGAUGCUUGU